UUGUACUUGAACUCUGACUGACUUGACACUCACGGUAGGAAUGGCGGCUAAGAUUACUAGAGGAAGGAACCCAAAGACCAUGAAACUUUACUUCUAACGGCCCCGCAGAGGAAUUUGUUUCUCGCGAAACGCAGAAACACAAUUCUACAACUGAUUAAAGGGUGAAGGAGCGCUUUUACAUGAGACUGACGGGGUAGAUGCCCAGACUGAAAAGGUGGACGCACUUUGCGACUUGCUAGUUAGCUUAACGUUAGAGCCACUGACUUUGAUUCAAGGUAGCUGUUAGCUCGCUGUACCACUAGCCAGCUGUUGGAUACUUGGCUUGGCUGGCCCAACAAGUUAACUAAGUGGUUAACUGUAUGAAAGCAUUCACAUUUCCAUUUUUUGAAUGGUGAUCACCUCUUUUAGUCAGCGGAUAAUAUUACGGAUUUUUAUAGAGAGCGGGAUCAGACUACAGCAAGUCCACAAAGCGCGGUGUGAACAUUAUUAUUGCUAACCCCAACGUUAGCUAGUGCAGUAACGCUAGCUAAGUUGGGAUACUGAAGUCUCGCCCGUUUUUUGCAUCCUGCCCCAGCCAUUGGCUAAGGGCUAAUCAACAGCCAACUAGUCUGGUUUUGAGGUCAGAUUGGUACUACGAUGGAAAGUCUAACAUUGAGUGAUAUCGAGCAGAAAUAUUACUCGGAUUUGUUCGUUUACUGCGACACGGACAACACCAAAAAAGUGGCUUCCAAUGGGAGAGUUCUUGACCUUUUCCGGGCGGCCCAGCUACCCAGCGAAGUUGUCCUGCAGAUCACAGAGCUAUGUGGUGCCACUCGGCUGGGUCACUUCGGGCGGAGCCAGUUCUACAUCGCUCUGAAGCUCAUUGCCAUUGCCCAGUCGGGUCUGCCCCUGAGGGUGGAGAGCCUCAACUCGGUCAAAGACCUGCCGCUGCCCAGGUUCGUGGUGGGGAAGAAUGAGGCGGAGGCGAGGCACGCGGUGCUGUACCAGGACACGGACAGCCAGGGGUUGUACCCUGCCUCUGCCACCGCAGUCAUACCCAGACCACCAGGCAGGGGUCUCCAGAACAAGAAAGGUCCCCCAUCAUCCACUUCACUUCCUGUCCACGAGGUCAUCCAGCCCCUGGCACCCAGCAUAGAGCCUCAGCCCGAGCCAACGUCCCCGGUGGUCUCCCCUCACCAGUCUCCCCCCACCUCCCCUCACUCUUGGAGGAAACACAAGCGGCAGCACAGCGGAGGAAACGCAGACAGACAGCCGGUGGUGGCUGCAACCGGAGCUGUGUGGACGCAGUUCAGAGAGCCACAAGCAGGUCCAGUGCCCGGGGAGGGAAUGUGGUCGUCCCACUCGCCGCCUCCUCCAGGUCAGGAAAGUUGGGUCAGUUUCACAGCAGACACCCCGCCAUCCAGCACGCUCCCAGCAAUGCAUCCCUCUUCAGUCCAGGAAAGCACAACGAUACGAACAGUGGCCUCAGCAGCAACAACCAAUGAGAUCCAGCGGCAGUCCAGCGGCUAUGACGAUCCGUGGAAGAUCACGGAUGAGCAGAGACAGUAUUAUAUUAACCAAUUCAAAACGAUCCAGCCAGACCUCACCGGCUUCAUACCUGGUUCAGCCGCAAAAGAGUUCUUCACCAAAUCAAAACUACCAAUCUUAGAGUUGUCACACAUUUGGGAGCUGUCAGACUUCGAUAAAGACGGAGCGCUGACCCUGGAUGAGUUCUGCGCUGCCUUCCACCUGGUCGUGGCUAGGAAGAACGGCUACGACCUCCCUGAGAAGCUGCCCGAGAGCUUGAUGCCAAAGCUGAUUGACCUGGAUGACUCAGCAGAGGUCCCGGAGCCGACUGCUGACGUCGGAUACUCGGGCUCGCCGGUGGAGGUCACCCCCAGUAAAUCUCCCUCCAUGCCUUCACUCAACCAGGCCUGGCCAGAGAUGAACCAGAGCAACGAGCAGUGGGAGACGUUUAGCGAGCGCUCCUCCAGCUCACAAACUCUGACCCAAUUUGACUCUAACAUUGCACCAGCUGACCCUGACACGGCCAUCGUCCACCCAGUCCCCAUUCGGAUGACGCCCAGUAAGAUCCACAUGCAGGAGAUGGAGCUGAAGAGGACUGGCAGCGAUCACAACCACCCCACCAGUCCACUGCUGGCCAAACCUCCCGAACUGUCUGAAGAAGUCAAAUUACCUGCCUCCAUGAAGUUUGUAGCCGCCAACACUGUAGGUGAUGGUUACAGCAGUUCAGACUCCUUCACCUCAGACCAGGAGCCAAUCACCAGACAAAGGUCUCAGUCGGGGACGUCUCCCGAGGCCCUGAAGGUGGUAGCCCCGCCUCCGCCGCCACCCCGGCCCCACCCCUCGCACUCUCGCUCGUCAUCUCUCGACAUGAACCGCACCUUCGCCGCCACGUCCGCACCAGGACAACCGCAGCCUUCCACGAUAGCUUACGCGCCUGCUGUGCCACCUCGACCGCUGCCCACACAGACUUCAGCACCACACACCGGGCAUCGUGCAGAAGCGGAGGGCGCACCAGGAGGCGGCGCGGUGCUCACCGCCACCUCCCCCCAACAGAUUCCCCAGCAGCCCAAUUUCGCAGACUUCAGCCAGUUUCAGGCUUUCGCUGCGUCUGAACAGCCAUCCAGCCUGCCUGAGGUUGAUAUUCACAGUGAGCCUGGACAGGCGGACAAGCCGUCAGAGGGGGCCGGCCCUUUGAGGACAGUCAAGAGUGAUGGCCAAGCGGAUGAGAGAUCCUCCGCUACUGUCAACUCUGUCAAGGGCUCGUCUGGUCCGCUUGCCCCUCCUCCAAAACCUGUGCGCCGAAGGCUGAAGUCUGAAGAUGAGCUCCGACCGGAGGACGAGCAACACGGUCCACAGAAAUCAAACGUCAUAGCUGCCGUCCUGGCCACUCAGCCCUCCAUCCCCAGGUCAGUAGGAAAGGACAAAAAGGCGAUUCAAGCUUCUAUCAGAAGAAACAAGGAGACAAACACAGUGUUGGCACGACUUAACAGUGAGCUGCAGCAGCAGCUGAAGGACCUGCUUGAGGAGAGGAUAUCCCUGGAAGUCCAGCUGGAGCAGCUCAGACCUUUCUCUCAUCUUUAACCAGCGUGAGGAUGCAGACUCGGCGGUGAUUCAUCCGAAGCAAGGCUUUGGCCCUCUGUGACUCCCCUUCCAUCACUUCCUCCCUCCCUCCUUCCUUCCACCAUCUCAGCUUUCCCUGGAAGCUCCGUUAAAACUCUAAUGCUCAAUCACACACUUAAUAAUGAAAAACUGGAAGGACGUGAGUGCGAAGCCCUGCGAAGAGGAGGAGGUGACAGGAGUGCGUGGGGGCGAUUUUACAAACUGGCACUUUUCGAUUUUUCUCUAACGAGAGGAGAACGUGAGGACGGCAGCAGACUGAGAAACGGUUAGGAGCGUGUGGUCUGAAGACAAACUGCUGGUGUCCGAUUACUUUACUCUCUGAAUGACUGAAGAAGAAAGGCAGAGUGUGUUUGUCGUGUGUGUGUGUGUAUUUGUGCUCCUUUUAAGUGACUUAUUGAUGCUAGCACUAACAUGUUUAUGCUCUUGUGGGAUGCAGACUCAGUUACACCAAACUCCUAUUAAAAAUCAGGUGAAUUUAAAUAAACAGUUGAGUAUUUUGGUGGAAAUGAGCACCUUUGCUUUCCUUCUUAGAUAAGAAGAUUGUUAUCAGUCUAAUCAGCUGGGUUAAGACUGCAGUUAGCUUAGCGUAAAAUUAGUAAUUGAAUAAAAGGAAAAAAAACUGUUUGUGGUUUGAGGGGAAGUUAUAUGCUGAAAUUACUUCCCAACUCUAAGAAAGAAAACUAUGAGUGUAUUUCCCAAAAUUUCCGACUGUUCUUUUUUUAUCUCCUCACUUAAUAGCAAAACUCAUUUUCCACUGUGAUCAGAUCAACACAGCAAAUAUCGAAAACUAAAAGCUUUUCUGCUUCAAAUAUCAUCAGUGACAGUCUAUCAUCAGUGACACCAUUUUCCAAAAACAUGUCAAUAAAUAGCUCGAAGCGAAAUACUACAAUGACAAAGUCGAGGACCGUAAAAUUGACAUUCUUUUGACUGGAGUUUGGUGUGGUCGGUCGGACAGAACUUUCAGGACUUUGUGUGUGUGUGUGUUUUUGUGUUUGUGCGAGGCCUCUAAUGGCUAAAUAACCAUGGUGAAGGUUUUUUUUUUCUUUUUUCAUCCUGUGACGUGAAUUCAGCCCACCUCCCUCCUCUCGAUGCCCCUUGAAGUCUGCAUCUGUGUGUGUGUGUUUGGGAGGGAGGAUGUCACGAUUCAGUGAAUGAAUGAAUGUGCUUUGUCUUCUUUCUUCAUGUUACAGUGUUUGGGGAAUGACAUGACUGAAUGGUUUAACUUAAUGCCAAAUGACUGAACAGUCACUCUGCUCUCUCAUCUCAAUGCACCCCCUCCCCCACACACCCCCCCACCCCAGUUCCUCCAGGUGACUCGAGAUUUUUCCAGCACAGCUGCGUAUCAACAUUUCAGCUUUCUUUCCUCCUUUCUUUCUCUUGGUCGCUGCAGUUAUUUCCUAUGUUUAAUUUCAAAGCUUUUAUUCAAAACAGACAUUCACUUGAAGGGGUUUGAAGCUAUUCCAGCUGCUUGACUGCAGGGGGCGGCUUUUAUGAAGAAUUGUGUUGCUGAUCGGGAAGUUUGAGUUUUUCGUCGUUGUUUUUUUUCCCCGGUCAGUGAACACAUGUGCGCAGAUCCAAACUGAUGGUGCAGAUGAGAGUUGAUUUUUUUUCGUUUUUCAAUCGGGCAGUCAGCACUAUGCAAGUACAGGCGAUACAUCUUCACAAGCCAACUAUACUUAGCUGUUUGUACUAUGAUAGUAGCAACUGUGUGAGCAGUGUACUUUGAUUUUUGUAUCUUAGAUCUUCCAAAAAACCCCACCAUUUACUGUGUGUUUGUGGUUCGUUUUUGCCUCUUUCUUUUUCUUUUUUCCUUUUCUUUCUGGUACUGACGAGCAGUCCGCUUCCCCCGCCGACGGCUCCAGAGGGGAGUAACCUCCAGAUCAGUGUUUUAUCAGGGCACUUUCACCCUAAGUCUGCAAGAUGCGACCGUUUGCGGGUUGUAGAUGGAGCUUAAACAGGACUACACAUGGAGACCAGUCAGCACAGCUGGAGACCUGAAUGACCCAACUGCACUUUGAACCCCUUUUUGUUUUAUUUGUUGUGUCCCGCUUUGCUUUCUUUUAACCUGCAUGUUGUUCUUGUCUUUUGUGUGUAUUUAAAAAAACAAAACAAAACAAAAGAUGCUUUACGAAGAAGAAGAAAAAAAGUAAUGAACCACUCAGAGUUUUAUUUCUUCAGCACAACUUGCAUACAGUAAGGUUUUUGUGCUGGUACCCUAAAAGAUCUUGUCUUGUUUAGUUCUUUUCUUUUUAUUUUGUUAAUACGUGUGUGAACGUUUGUCCCUGGAGCUUCCUGUGCGUUUGCAGAGAGUCCGUCUUCUUCUAAAGCCUUACUCCCCUCGACUGGCGUUCAGGUUUCCACGGCGGCUGACUGAUCUCUCCUCCUUGUUGUAUCAAGGCUCGCCUUCUUUUUUCUGCUGUUGAGGACGAUGAUGUACUUGGUGUGUGUGAGUGAGUGAGCGAGUGUGUGUGAGUGUGUUAUAUUGUUUCCAGACCUGGAACUAUUACCAUUUAAAACCCUAUUGAACACCUUCUUGUGGGAUUGAUUCAUGUUUGCUAGCACAAUAGCUCCCUAAACCCAAGAGGCAAUCCAGGCAGGCAGAAGCAAUCAGUCGUUAACAAAGUCUUUGAUGGGGAUUUUGAAUGCUGUGCUCCCAGAUCUGUGUUAUGUAUAUUGUAUAUGAUACACAUUUUGGACUCAUAUGUAAAUUUGCAUUAAUUGCUGACUAACAGCGAAAGAAUAUUCUAUUUAAUUCCUUCUCUCUUGGCUGUGGGAUCCUAGAUGUUUAACUGCAUGGAUGUACUGUAUCUCUGCAGAGUCAACUAGCAGCUGUGUGAUUUUUACACAAAAAUAAAAACGGCACAAUAUUUUAAAUGCUGCUCUCUUUACUGACUGCUGGGGAAAGAAAAAAAAAAAAAGGUGAUGUGGCAUUUUUGUUUUCCCACGUCUCCACAGCUCUGAUGAAGCCUGUGUGGUGUUUUUAAGGUAAUUACGUGUGUGUGUGUGUGGUCUUGAAAAUCUCCAGUUGCAGCUAACAGUGAAAAGAAGAGCAUCAAAUGUAUUUGUGAUGUAAAAAAAGCAGGAUUCCGGAUGAAAUCAUAGCAACCAGCUAAAACUGAAACAAAAACCGACCCACGUCAGGGACUUCAGUGCCACAAUGACGAGAGCAGAUGAUGAAGAUGCAAACUGAUGGCUGAAACCAGCACAUUUAAAAGCAUGUUCUCGCUUUGUCGUUAUUGCAGAUUGAUGGCUUUAAAGGUAAAUGAAAUCCAUUUUCUGUCACGGCUCCAUCUUACAAUAAAGUGGGCAGGAAGUCAAGGGAUUUGAAUGCUAAAUACUGCAGUCGGUCCUUCUGUGUCUUAAGUACAGCACUUCUGUACCUAAGACACCAACUUAAGAAUCCUGCGCAGCUCUUAAAUGUUUGAAGAUAUUUCUAAUCCACAAAGACUUUGAUGAGUAUUCCUGACAUGGAACUGGACUUAAAGUGGAGGACUAUGAAUUAAUUUCUAACUUAAUUUCAUAAAACCACCACCAUUUGGAGCAUAAAUCCAGAAAAGCUGUCAGCAGAAAAGACGAGAGACACUGAAUGGAUUUGAGCAGGUUUUAAUAGAUCUCUAGACGCUUUAUUGCUAGGCUGCUGUACAGACUGACCUCACAGAAAUCCUGAACAUAAUCAACUCCUCUAGUAUUUUCACUUUCCCAACUUUUAAUCUCUCCACUCAGUGAGUUUUAACUCCAGCAAGUACACCACUUCAACCAACUCAGAUGAAAGCUAUCAGAGAUCUGCAGAGGGGUACUUCAGGUCAUCCGAAUCACUGAAACCUCCUCUGAACUGAAGUUUCCUUCAAAUCUUUGUUUUAUUGAACUGUUGUGGAGGAGAUUAGUUUAAUCUUGCUGUGUUAGAAAGCUGAAUGCAGAAAAGAAACCGUUUCAGAGUGCGUUACAUCAGUUCUGGCUUGAAUCACAUUGAGUUGGCCUCUUAUCUACCGAGUAUGUUCUCUUACAGCAGGACAAAGAGCUCUAACGUAACAAUACAAAUCUCUGAGGUUAAACUUUGUCGUUGGCAAAA